GAAACAUUCCAUAUGAUUCUUGAUUGAUGAAGGGGUUGAUGAGUCUUUCAUAAAAUCCAGGCUUAGGUCCAUUGAUAAUAUGCAUGUGUCACUGGCUGAAGCUUUGGAAGUUCGAGGAGGGCCCUUACAAGAGGAGGAGAUAUGGGCUGUAUUGAACCAAAGUGCGGAAAGCCUGCAAGAGCUGUUAAGGAAAGCUGAUCCUGCAGCUCUUGGAUUUAUCAUAUCUCCUUGGUCUCUCCUGUUGCUGCCCUCUGGAAGCGUGUCAUUUACCGAUGAAAAUGUUUCCCAUCAAGAUUUGCGUGCCUUCACUGCACCUGAGGUGCUACAGAGCAAGUCCUUGUCUUCUCUUGCAGAUAUUGAAAAGAUUCACAUUUAUUCCCUUGGGAUGUCCUUAUAUUGGGGAGCAGAUUAUGAAGUUCCACAGAGUCAGCCUAUUAAGUUGGGGGAACGCUUGAAUAGCAUUCUACUUGACAUGUGCGAGGACCAGUUUUUAACAAGACUGUCCACUCGAACAGUUCUAGAUGGCUGUAGUGCCCAUAUUCGCAACAGCAACUGCGCACCUGCCUUCUACUACAUCAAACAGCUGGUGAAACUGGUUCUGGGAAGUUUAUCUGGGAUUGACCAAGUGGGAAACAAAGCAAAUGAACCAAAUCGCAGUCAAGCAAUUCGUGACAGACUAAGAGGAAAAGGUCUUCCUUCAGGACAGUGCUCAGUACAAGAUGGGCUUGAUGUCAACUACAGUAAAAUCUCACAGCAGAACUUUCUUAACAGAGGCCUCAGUAAAUCCAUGGGGUUCCUUGCUUUUAAAGACCAACCAGAGGAGGAGGACGACUUUUGUACAUCUCCGGUUCCUGGCUCUGGAUCUGAUGAUCCCACAAGUGCCUAUUAUGCUUAUAAUGAUCUCAGGCUCACUCAGUUAGGGGGGAAACUCGGUGACCAUUGUCAAAAGAGAAAAAAUUGGGCAUCAUCUUUUGACUUAACGUAUGUUAACAGCCAAGCCACAGAGAAAGACAGUUCUGCUACAGACAGAUUGUCUUGUUUUUCUGAAGCACUAAAUGGACGGACUAUAUCCACAUCCAGAAUGAAGGAUCUCAGACAUGCAAGUGGAGCAGGUGAUGUUUUAACCCAACAGAAGUUGGACCAAGCUAGACAUGGACCGGAUGUGCCAACGUCGGUUGCAAUUUCAAGUGCCUUGGGCAGAAUUAGAGAAAAACAGAAAAGGCUUCAUGUAUUGAGAGAAGCCAUGAGCAUAGAAGAGCCUGGAAGAUUGCACAGGUCAUCUCACAGUGAUGCCUAUAGUACUUCUAGUGAAAGCCCAUCCAUUGUAUCAUCAGACCCAGAAUUUAGACAAGGGAGAAAAUAUGAAGGAUUAAAACGGUACGAUUCCACAGGAGCCCUUACUGGAUCAGAGGAAUCAAACCGCGCUCCACAUCCUGGAAGCUAUCAGCAUGACAGCCCAUCUGACAGGGCCCAGAUCAAUCAAGAGAUGCGGAAGCGACAAGAGGAAGACAUGAUUCAGAUGCAAACCAGAAUGGCUUUAAAGCAAUCUCGGCUGAACUUGUAUACAGGUGACAUGCCUGGAGCAUCUAUGCUGGACAUCAGUAGGGAUCCCUUACGAGAAAUCGCAAUGGAGACAGCCAUGACACAGAGGAAACUGAGGAACUUUUUUGGACCAGAAUUUGUAAAAAUGACAGCUGAACCUUAUAUCUCUUUGGAUCUCCCUCCAUCAAUUUUGGCCAAAAAAGGGAAAACAGAUGAGACCCGUCGAAAGGUUAACAUUAUUCUCCUGAGCGGACAAAGACUUGAAUUAACAUGUGAUACCAAGUCUACCUGUAAGGAUGUGUUUGACAUGGUUGUAGCCCACAAUGGGCUUGUUGAGCAUCACUUGUUUGCAUUAGCAGUGUUUAAAGACAAUGAGUUCUUCUUUAUUGAUCUUGACCUGAAACUUUCAAAAAUUGCUCCAGAAGGUUGGAAAGAAGAUACCAAGAAAAGAGGAAAAUCUGCAGUCAAUUUCACCUUAUACUUCAGAAUAAAAUUUUUUGUCGAUGAUGUCAGCCUUAUUCAGCACAGCCUUACUUGCCACCAGUACUACCUGCAGCAGAGAAAAGACAUCCUGGAAGAGAGGCUGCAUUGUGAUGAUGAAGCAGCCUUGCUGUUGGCAUCCCUGGCUCUUCAAGCAGAGUAUGGAGAUUACCAACAGGAAGUUCAUGGUCUAGCUUAUUUUAGACUGGAACAUUAUCUGCCUGCUCGAGUGAUUGAGAAAAUGGAUUUAUCCUACAUGAAGGAAGAAUUGUCCAGGCUGCACAGCACAUAUACAGGAGCUUCAGAGAGAGAAACAGAACUUGAAUUCUUGAAAGUUUGCCAAAGGCUUCCGGAGUAUGCGGUUCAUUUUCAUAGAGUGCUCCCAGAGAAGAAGUCCCAGACUGGCAUCCUUCUUGGGGUAUGUCCUAAGGGAGUCCUCAUCUUUGAGGUCCACAAUGGCACACGGACUCCAGUGUUGCGAUUCCCAUGGAGGGAAACAAAGAAGAUUUCUUUUACUAAGAAAAAAAUAAGUUUGCAGAACACAUCAGACGGUAUCAAGCAUGUUUUCCAAACAGACAGCAGCAAGACUUGCCAGUAUCUCCUCCACCUCUGCUCUUCCCAGCACAAAUUCCAGCUACAGAUGAGAGCCAGGCAAAGCAGCCAGGAUAAUCAAGAUAUUGAAAGAGCAUCUCUGAGGAGCCUGAACAUCCAGGCAGAAACUCUGCGCGGUUUGACCAUGGGCAGGGCUAUUAGCACAACCAGCCUGGCUAGCAGCACAUUAAAUCGAAUGGCGGUACGACCUGUGUCCAUCCAGCCUGAUCUUCUUAAGAGACUAUCUUGCUCAGACCUAUCAGCCCUUCAGACACACCUAGGGAGUGGGGGAAAAGAUAGAAAGGCAAAAAACCCUUGGGAGGACAGACCCCGGGUCAUUAGCAAAUCUUAUCAUGACCUCAGCCAGGUUGCUCAGUCACCCCAGCGGAGAAUGCUGAACGCCAGAAUGGAUAAUCCCCCAAGCACUCUGGAAGAACUGAUGAGCCAGGCAUCCUUUUAUCAAAUGGCUAAAUCGGAUACAGAGUCAAUGACUACAUAUGGAAGGCUCAAUGAGUCCAAGUCAUUCUCAGGAUUUAAUAGGAAUCCAGAUAUUCGGAAACCUGAGUCAGACUCUUCCUCUAUGGAUGACAGUGGUCACGCCUACGUUGUAGGUGUUAGUAUGCAUAGCCUUGGAAGUCCAUCCUCACCUAACCUUUUUAAAGGAAAUGAAAACAUACAGAGCAGAAUGCUGGCUUCUACUCCUGAGAGAGAGAUCACUUUGGUAAAGUUGAAAAAGGAUCCCAAGUAUGAUCUGGGCUUCCAGAUUAUGGGUGGAGAGACAACAGGGAAGCUCGACCUUGGUUUAUUUAUUAGCUCUAUAACACCAGGUGGACCUGCAGACGUCGAUGGACGUUUAAAGCCAGGAGAUCGACUGAUAUCUGUGAACAGUGUGAGCCUAGAGGGUGUCAGUCAUCAGACAGCAGUGGACAUACUUCAGAGUUCACCAGAGGAUGUUUCACUUCUGGUGUCUCAACCAAAGGAAAAACAUCAACAAGAUCAUCAGCUGAAUGGAUUGAAAAGCCUACCUCAUGGACCUUUUUCCAGUCAAGGCAAUGAAGCAGAGUCGUCUUCAGAAGAACACAGAAAGGUUCGGAGUCAUGUGAGACUUCUGUCUGGAAGUUCGUCUGGAGUCUCUGCUGGGAAACGGGAAGGAAGCCUAAGCUCUCAGGACUCGCGGACAGAGAGUGCAAGCCUGUCCAACAGUCACAUCAAUGGCCUCAUCAGGAAUCUGGCAAAGGAGCAGACCACUCCCUUGUCCCAGUCUGCCAGAAGCUCUCCAUCAAUUAGUGCUAAGGUCAGUGACAGAAAGAAGGCUCAAGGAGACAAUCGCAGAGGAAGAGGAAAGCGAACGGGUCUUACGGACUCCACAGAUUAUUCUGAUAGAGGAGACUCUGACAUGGACGAGGCCACCUCUUCAAAUAGCCACGAACCAAGGACAGCCAAGAAGGAGUCAGUUUUGGGGGUUCCAGCACAGAAGCUCAGUACUAACAAAGUUUCAACAGUACCUUUGAAACCAGGCGAUAUCUUCACAGUUGUGCUGGCUAAAAAGGAUGACAGCUUGGGUAUAAGUGUCACGGUACUGUUUGACAAGGGAGGUGUAAACACCAGCGUAAAACAUGGUGGAAUCUAUGUGAAAGCUGUGAUACCAAAAGGUGCAGCUGAAGCAGAGGGCAGAAUACAAAAAGGUGACCGCGUGCUUUCUGUUAAUAGUACCAGCUUGGAGGGUGCUACGCAUAAACAAGCUGUGGAGACAUUAAGAAAUACUGGCCAGGUGGUAACGUUGUUGUUGGAAAAAGGACAGCUACCAGCAGUGAAAGUCCAUGCUCCUGUUACCCCUCAAUGUACACCGCCCAACCAAGCUGGGACUAGCAAGCAACAGGACAAGAAGGCAUCUGUCCCAGAAGAGUACAACUUUGUAACUAAUGACAAUGUGUAUGAGGUGAAACUCGUGAAGAACAGCUCUGGCCUGGGGUUUAGCUUUUCUCGAGAAGAAAACCUCCUUUUAGGUCAGGGGGAUUCGAGCAUAGUUCGAGUUAAGAAACUGUUUCCAGGCCAGCCGGCUUCAGAAUGUGGUAAAAUAAAUGUUGGAGAUGUCAUCCUAAAGGUGAAUGGAGCGUCACUGAAAGGACUUACUCAACAGGAAGUUGUUUCAGCUUUGAGGGCGACCUAUCCGGAAGUCACUCUCCUGAUGUGCAGACCAUCCUCUGGUACAUUGCCAGAAAUUAGCUCUGUGAUGCUGACACCACUAAAUACCCCGCAGAAGAUUCUACCGGAUGAGAACCAAAGUGGCAUUCGUGGCACAGAAAAUUCACUUUCACAGGAUCAGGGUGAUAGCUCUGAUGAGAAUGAAGAGGUAGCAGAUGCAAGUACUAGGAGACUUAAGAACCCUUCUAGGAGGGAUAGCUAUAGUGAUAGCAGUGGAACGGGAGAAGAAGACUUUAUACCAGUACAAGAUGAGUCACAAAUGUGGAAUGCCACAGUGUACCAAACUCCAUGUGAUUUGAGGGCACCACCCCAUGGUCAGGGCGAGAUCUCUGACAUCCAAGAGGAAACGGUCCGCUCCAGCUUUUACACACCAGAACAGACACCUUACAAACCACAGUUUGAGGACAGCAACCCUCCAUCUCCUGUUUCACUUGAUGUGACUCCAAGUCCCAGUGACAGUGCCCCCCAGCUCUUGGAUUCUGAUGCUUACUUAAUGGAUUCAAAGUCAUUCCUUGAUGACCCAACAUCUUUCAAAAGCCUUGGACUGAAAGACCUUGAGGAUUAUGAGCCAGAGGUGGAACUGCACGUCACUUUGACUAAAUCAGAGAAAGGGAGCCUGGGAUUUACAGUAACCAAAGCCAAUGACUGUGUUGGCUGCUACAUUCAUGACAUCAUACAGGAUCCUGCCAAGAGUGAUGGACGUCUGCGGCCUGGUGAUAGACUUAUUAAGGUUAAUGAUGUAGAUGUUUCAAAUAUGAGUCAUACUGAAGCAGUAAAUCUACUGAGAGCAGCACCCAAAACAGUCCGCCUUGUGCUUGGCCGAGUCUUGGAAAUUCCCAAACCACAGGUGCCGCUUCAUCUCCUGUCUGAUGUCACUCUGACAUGCCACAAAGGUCUGUCACUCUCAGGAGGCCCCGAUAGCCCCUCCCAGGUUUUAUAUAUAGAAAAUAUCAAACCAGGCUCCAUUGCUGAUCAAGAAGGGAGCCUGAAGCCACUAGACAUCAUCCAUUAUAUCAAUGGAGAAACCACUUUAAAUAUGACAUUAGAUGAAGCAAAGCGUGCCCUUGAAUUGGCUCAACCAGUUGUUGUUUUAAAAGUGACAAGGGAAGGAAAUCCUGUGAUGCAAAACAAUAAAAACUAUUCAAAAUCAAAACCCGCUAAAGUUAAUGGCUAUCCUGGUGCAGAGCGAUUCAGGCGGAUAGAAGACAAUUCAGAUGUAUAUUCUGCAGAGGCUGGCAUAGUUCAUGUUGUUUUGGAAAAGCCUGCCUCUGGAGAAUUAGGAUUUUCCCUGGUAGGAGGCGAAUAUGGUAUAUUUGUGAAAUCCAUCAGUCCUGGGGGUGUAGCUGACAUAGAGGGGAACUUACAGGUUGGAGACAGAUUGCUUCAGGUAAAUGGGGAGAAUAUGCAGGGUGCUACACAUAGUAAAGCAGUGUCCUGUCUUCGAAACGCCAAGGGACUGCUUGAGAUUGAAGUCGCCCGUGAGCUUAUUCCAAAGGACACAUCUGAUUUUGACAAGUGUAAUGGAAACCUUGAUCCUGAGAUCUAUGUAAAGGACAACCAGAACUAUGAGGAUGAUGAAGAAGAUCAGAAUGAUGUCAUUCAGGCUCUGCUUGAUGUUGUCCAUGAACAAACCCAGAACCUUUUACAGCUAAAUCGUCAGAAUGCACUUUCAGAGGAACACUUCUUAGAGGACCUGAAUGAAGAAGACAUGGAUGAGAAAGCCGAAGACACAGACUGUGAUGGUUCAUCAUUACCUGAUGACUCUCCCGAGCCAGGUAAAUUAAAUGGUGUGGGUCCCUGCAACAACAGGAAUGAGAGACUGCAAAGGCGACUUGCCACUGGCCCACAAGAAACUGAAGUUGCAGGCAAUGACAAAACUGUACAGUCAAUAUCUAAAGAUCUGUUUGAUUCCUUCCAAAUAACAAAUGAGAAGCUCUCCGAUCUCCCCCUUGUUCAAGUUCAGCCAUCAGGCCAAUAUUCAGGAAAUAGAUUAAAGACGGUUAUACGACAGAUAAGAAGCAUGCUUGAUCAAAGUGCCCCUGCAAAGGAGUUUGAGAGCCUUCAGGAUUUAAAACCACUUGACGAAUGCCUUAUUGGGCAAAGUAAAGAUAACAAAAAGAAAAACAGAUACAAGAACAUACUACCAUAUGAUACCACCAGAGUGCCUCUUGGACCAAAGGAUGGUUAUAUUAAUGCAAGUUUUAUCAAGAUGCCUGUUGGCAGUGAAGAAUUCACUUACAUUGCAUGCCAAGGACCUCUCCCUAGUACAGUACCAGAUUUUUGGCAAAUGGUAUGGGAACAGAAUUCCACUGUAAUUGCCAUGAUGACCCAGGAAGUGGAAGGAGGGAAGAUAAAAUGUCAAAGGUAUUGGCCCGAUGAGCCCAACAGGCCAUUAUGUAUCAAUAAUGGACUCCAACUGACUUUAUUGAGUACACAACCGCUGGAAUGUUUUGUGCUGCGAAUCCUGGGGUUACAGGAUAUUCAGACUGGAGAGAUACGACACAUAGCGCACCUGAACUUUACUGCAUGGCCUGACCAUGACACACCUACUAACCCAAACCAACUUCUCGCUUUCAUCUCCUACAUGAGACACAUCUACCGGAGCGGCCCCAUCAUCACUCACUGCAGUGCAGGCAUUGGCCGAUCAGGCACACUCAUAUGUAUAGAUGUCAUGCUGGGUCUCAUCAGUAGGGAUUUAGAGUUCAGCAUUUCAGACCUGGCUCGAACAAUGAGGCUUCAGAGACAUGGGAUGAUUCAGACAGAGGAGCAAUAUAUUUUCUGCUAUCAAGUCAUCUUAUAUAUUCUAAAGCAACUGCAAGAAGAAGAGCAGCACAAGGGAUCAGUCUCCUAGUGUCUUACAAAGCUCUCCAGAGACAUAACCCCCAGCUAGGGGCUUUUUAUAUUCCAGUUAAUAAUUCCAGAACAAGAGCUGCAUUUUAGUAGCUUACUUAUGUUGAGCUUGUCGGGUCUCAGCUCCAGUGGAUGCCAAGUGCAGUUGAACAAACUGCUAUUUUGUUUUUUUUAUUUUCAGGGGUGGAAAGGGGAUUGUAAAGGCAGUAUUUUAAUAUGAUUCGUAUUACAUGUUUGUUAACAUGGUACGCCUGUACAUUUGCUAACAAUUUUCUCAAGUGUUUUCUGAAUAAAAGUUAGUUUUCUAGAUAAUAUUUGAAAGCAGUAUUUAAAAACAAAUAAUUAUUUCUAUAGACCAAAAAGUAGUAAGUUUAUUGUAAGUAUUACAUACAUUUCAUAAUGUUUACUUAUAUAGAGUUUUAUGUACUAUUUAUAUUCUUUUACAAGGAAAUGUUACACUGUGCCUAACAUGUUCAUUCUCCACUGUGUAAAUAAAAUAUACACAAUC